UUUAAAAUUUCUUUUAAACUCAUAAUAAGCACCAAAGAUGAGUUUCAUCCUUCGUGUAUCUUGGAUUCUACUGGCAAAGACCUGCUUGUGAGGUCCUUGUGUAAAGGAGGUCCUGAAGGUGGGUAGGAAGAUGGAAAAACAUGGCAAGUCAAAUCUCUCCCCCAGUCAGUGCUACAGGGUGCAGAGGGAGGUUGCUAAAGGCCUGCAGGUGUUUCAGAGCUGCCAUGACCUGGCACAGGUUUGGCUGCUUACAUAGAUCAAAAUUCAUCUGUUUCAUGGGACAGUUGUUCAGAGGACCUUUAGAAGUAGGAGCCUGGAGAAGGAGAGAUUCCUCCUGAAUGCAAGUGUCAGUGAGUGUUUCUGACAGUUUGUCUUUAGAAAGAUCACUGUGAAAGGUGGAAGAGCUAGGAAGUACAAGAAAAAUUCAAAGGCUUAAAAACCUGCUUCACAAGGAUGUGUAAAGGAAUUUUCCCCUAAGUACACUGCACAAGUGAUCCAACGGUGCGUUCCCUGCAUAGGAGAGAGGGUUUCUGAGAAGAGUUUAGUAUGCAGAAACGUUGGAAAAGCUGAAGUAGGUCUUGAAAGUCUCCUUCAAAUCUUGAAGCAUUCAGUCUUCAUGAGAGGAAUACUGAAGGAGAUUGGAUCUGUUGGAGUCGGUCCAAAGGAGGCCGCAAAAAUGAUCCAAGGGCCUGGAACACUCCUUUGAAGAGAGGCUGAGAGAGAGUGGCUUCUUCAGCCUGGAGAAGAGAAGGCUCUGAGGACACCUAAUUGUGGCCUUUCAGUACUCAAAGAAGGACUGCAAGAAAGAUGAGGACAGACUUAAUAAGCAGGACCUGGUGUGACAGGACACAGGGGUGAUGGCUUUAAACUAAAGGAGAGGAUGUUUGAACUAGAUAGAAGAUGAACAUCAGUAGCCAGGAGCUUUGGGAAGAAAUGCUGUGUCUCAAAGGACUCAUCGUUGUUGAUGCAUUUCAAGCCUGGUGUGGUCCAUGCAAAACCGUAGUGGAUCUGUUCCGAAAAAUAAGGAAUGAAGUUGGCAGUCAUCUCCUGCAUUUUGCUGUGGCUGAAGUUGAUUCCAUCGAUGCUCUCGCCGAGUACAGAGGGAAGAGUGAGCCUGUCUUUCUGUUUUAUGCAGAAGGAGAAUUAGUAGCAACAGUAAGAGGACUAAAUGCACCAUUACUGCAGAAGACCAUCCUGGAACAGCUGGCAGUGGAAAGGAAGAUUACAGAACAUGGAGGAGAGCAUGUUGAGGUCAUCAAUCACUAAAUCCCUAAAUGCCUGUAGCUGUGCAUAC